AUUUACAAUGAACGUGUUCACAUCUUAACAUCUUCCUCAAACUCAAGUUGGUUUCACCUCAAACUCAAGGUGGUUUCGAUGAAAUCAACUUCAGUUUGGAAAGAGAAGUACAAAGCGUCCAGUAAAAUGAGCCUUGGUGAAAAGGUCUGUCGGUUUAUCAGCGGAGCCAAUGAAAACCAAAUGAAUAGUUCCUUGUGCAACAUGAUGGCCAAUAAAGUGACAAUCAAACUCAAUGUGUUUAGUGAGUUCAUGGAAGACAUCAUUAUGAGCAAUCUGCAUGGCACUUUGAUUGUCAAAAUAAGAUUAGUAGCAGGCGGUUGAGGAACACCCAUAUCUUCUAGUGACCAAUGUAAGUUAAGUAACUCUGAUGUGGUGUCUCCAAGUGCUCGAUAUUUGGCCUCUGUGCUAGAAUGUGAUGGAACUGUCUGUUUCUUGCUAUGCCAAGAGAUUAAGGAAUCACCAAGAAAAAGACAAUAACCAGUAGUUGAUUUA